AUGAACACCAAAGCUGCCGCCUUAUUAGCCACCCUUGCCAUUGUUGCUCCUUCCGUUGCUUCUGCUGCCCCAGCAUCCCCAAGUGCCGGUGAAGUUACUGAAUUGAAUGUCUUAUUAAACGAUGUCAAGUCUAACUUGAAUGAAUACAUUUCUCUAGCUUUCACCCCAGGCUCUGGUGUGUCCUUAUUCAACUUACCAGCCGGUGUGUUGGAUGUCGGUUUGGCCAUUGCCGGUGCUACUGACGAUUCCUACACUACUUUGUACUCCAAGGUUGAUUUUGCCGGUGUUGAUAAGAUGAUUACCAAGUUACCAUGGUACUCUUCCAGAAUUGAACCUGCCAUUGAAUCUGCUAUUUUAGGCUCUAACUAG